AUGCAAGUUAUUCGUGGUGGAAAUCUGGUCGGUGAGUGUGGCUGGUUCAUGAAAGUGAGUAGCAAAUAUUUAGAAAGCUAUUUUGCUGGCAAUAAAUUCUGAGUUCGCCCAUGCCAAUCCAAACCCAUCAUACGUAAGAUGUUCCUCUCCCACGCUCAUUGAUGAUUAGCAUAAAGUGUUCGGUUGCAAUCCUGGCAGAUGUAGGUGGAUUUCCCUUCCAUGUUUGAUGAAGGUGUGUCCCCCGUCCCCCCGUGCCGCCCUGCAGUUCCCCUGCCGUACUAUAGCCCCCCGUGCCGCUCACUGCCCUUGCUGUUCUUUGCUACUGCAUGCUACCAUCUUAUCCCCAGAACUCACAAAAACAGACUUCCAAAGGGACCAAGAAGUGAAUGUAGGGGGAAAAAAAAGACAACAGAAGUAGUGUACAUAGCUUAUGAUGAAACUUCAGCAGACAAUGUCAUUUGGGUAAGUUCAUAAGGAUAUUGUCCAGCCUGCCUUAAAAAAACAACACCCCAAACCCUGCAGAAACCUGACCAGCCUUUAGACCUACAUAGGAAUAGUAAGGAACCUCCCUUCUCAGAAGAAAAACAAAUAGGGUGAAAUAGAGCAGGAAAAAUGUUUUCAAAUCCAACAUAAGAAGAAAAUUGAGGAUCAGCUUCUCCCCCCCCCCUCUAGAUGACCAAAGAGGGGACCUCAGCUCCUGCUACCAAUGCAAAAUCAUUGCUGUGCUGAAUCUUAAAUUGUGGGUUGGUGUUAUUUUUUGUCAAAAUGCAAACAAGGCCGUUUUGCUUUUGAAAUAAGGCACUGGACUUCAGUCCCAUACCUCGAGACAAGUGAAAAAGCUUCAGAAGGAAACAGCUUUAUGGAAAAAGCAGCUGCCUUUCCCCCUCACUUAUUUCCCUUCUCAUGGGAGGAUCAAUUUUAAAGGCCUAGUUGCCCCCAAAAGCCCACUUAGACCUAGGAGACUUGCUCCUCACAGGAAGCAACAUUUGUUCUCUACUUAAAACGCUAAGUUGGAUUCUGUGCCCAGUGGGGUUUAGACAAUGCUAUGUGUCUUGUGUGUGACCAUCAGAGGCAUCAGGGCCUUGCAUUUCAUUCUGUUAUGUUUUGGAGGAAACAGCUGCCAACAUGGGGUCAAGCCUACAUCAUUGUUGCUGCCACCACACUAGUGAGAUGUGUUGAGGGGAUGCAUAGAAAUGGGGAGGGGGCAUUGCUGAGAGUUAGAGUACAUGCCUUGAAUGCAGAAGCCCCAUAGGUUUAUGGUUAGGUGGACCAACUAUCAGAAUGCACAAGGCAGCUUCAGAAAUUCUUCAUGUGGUGAAAGAAUCAUGUGCUCACUUGUACAUUUUUUCCUCUGGGCAAACAGUGAAUAAUGUUCCCAUCCUACCAUGAACUUGAAUUUGCCCCUUUAGAAGCAUUUAUACAUUUAUAACUUAUUUCUCUUUUUCAAGAAAAAAGCAAUGUAUAAAAAAGUAUUAAAUUAAAACCAACAUUGUAAAAUCCCUACAUUGUUCUUUGGUACAAACAAUGGAAAUAAACGAAAUAAUAGAAUUUAGAGGCCUCAAUUUUGUGUGGAAAGCUUUGAAAGGUUAAAAGAAAGCUUUUUAUAAUGUGUUGAUAGAAAUGAUAGGAGGCAGAUCAUGGCCUCCCUGCUACUUAACAGGUGGAAAGAAAUUUUAUCCCCUCUAUGGCCCAGUUCAGAUGUCACAGUCCUGUCCUCCAAUCCAUGGUUUGGAAGAUCAGCAAUACCGCAGCAUCAGCUUCGCUCCCUUCAAAUCACUCACACUCAUUUCUUGCUGUGCUUUGGCCUCAGUUUGUUCAUAUUCCUGAAUCAUGCAGUCUGUGAUCAGCAGCAGCCUCCAAAUCAUAGUUUACAGAUUUGGACAUUACAGCAAAGCAGUUAGAGCAGGCUUCCUUAACCUCGGCCCUGCAGAUGCCGAAGAAAGGGGAAGGGACUUUUCUGAAGGCGAUUCUGCAGACUGAGGGGAGUGGUGAGAGAAGCAAUGCAUGGCUCCCUCAGCCUUUAGAGCGAAAUGGGAGCUUGUGGGGCAUGCCCUAUAGUGCCCUACUAUACCAUCCAUCGCUUGGCGUUUUCUUCUUCCCCCACUAGCAUGCCUUGGGAAGCAGCGCCAAGAUGCUGAGGGGAGAUCCAAGAGGUCAUUCUGCUACGAGGUGUGGAUAAGGUGCCUCAGGGAGGAGUAGCAGUUCGCCAGUUGCCAUUUCCCCCAUCUUGUUCCUGCCACCUCAGGCCUGUCGACCUGCCUUGCAGGGAGAGGAGGAGGGGCACAAACUGGCAUGAACCGUGCCUAUUCCUUUUUUUUUCUUAAAUGAUAUUUGUUAAAGUUUCCAAUAAAAACAGAACACAUCAGUAAAAGAAAAUUAAAAGUAAAAAGAAAAAUACACAAUACAAAAUACAAAAAAAAAAGUAUUUAUUUUUAAAAGUAAAAAGAAAAAACAAUUAAAAACAAUACCACCUUUUCAUCACCACUUUUGAAUUUACUUAUUUUCUGGACCUCCUCGUACCUCCCUCUUUUGUAUUCCAGUUCAAUUUGUUUGUCCAGCAAUUUCUUUCCCUCUUUUUUAAUCCCAAUUCUUAAUCUUAAUAUGGUAUAACUUUAACGCCUGUACAGCAAGAAACCACUUAAUUUCAAUCCAUCAUCACUCUAACAUUCUUUGAUUUUGCAAUGUUUCUGUAGAUAAUCUUUAAAUUUCUUCCAAUCUUCUUCCACCGACUCUUCUCCCUGGUCACGGAUUCUACCAGUCAUUUCCGCCAGUUCCAUAUAGUCCAUCAGUUUCAUCUGCCAUUCCUCCAGUGUGGGUAGCUCUUGUGUCUUCCAAUACUUUGCGAUGAGUAUUCUUGCUGCUGUUGUUGCGUACAUAAAGAAAGUUCUAUCCUUUUUAACACCGAUUGGCCGACUAUGCCCAAGAGAAAGGCCUCUGGUUUCUUCAAGAAGGUAUAUUUAAAUACCUUUUUAAAUUCAUUAUAUAUCAUUUCCCAGAAAGCCUUAACUUUUGGGCACGUCCACCAAAGGUGAAAAAAAUGUACCUUCAGUUUCUUUACAUUUCCAACAUUUAUUAUCGGGCAAAUGGUAGAUUUUUGCAAGCUUGACUGGGGUUAUGUACCACCUGUAUAUCAUUUUCAUAAUAUUCUCUCUUAAGGCAUUACAUGCCGUAAAUUUCAUACCUGUGGUCCAUAACUGCUCCCAGUCAGCAAACAUAAUGUUGUGACCAACGUCUUGUGCCCAUUUAAUCAUAACAGAUUUCACCGUUUCAUCCUGAGUGUUCCAUUUCAACAGCAAGUUAUACAUCUUUGACAAAUUCUUAGUUUUGGGUUCUAACAGUUCAGUUUCUAAUUUUGAUUUUUCCACCUGGAAGCCAAUUUUCUUGUCCAAAUUAAAUGCCUCCAUUAUCUGAAAAUAAUGAAGCCAGUCUCGCACUUUGUUUUUAGUUUUUCAAAACUCUGCAAUUUCAGUCUAUCUCCAUCUUGUUCCAAAAUUUCCCAAUAUUUCGGCCAUUUGACCUCCAUAUUGAGUUUUUUCAAGGCUUUCGCUUCCAUUGGUGACAGCCACCUUGGAGUUUUGUUUUCUAAUAAAUCCUUGUAUCUUAUCCAAACAUUAAACAGUGCUUUCCUGACAAUGUGAUUUUUAAAUGCUUUAUGUGCUUUGACCUUAUCAUACCACAGAUAUGCAUGCCAUCCAAAUACAUUGUUAAAUCCUUCUAGAUCCAAAAUAUCAGUGUUUUCAAGAAGCAGCCAUUCUUUAAGCCAGCAAAAAGCUGCUGAUUCAUAAUAAAGUUUAAGGUCUGGCAGGGCAAAUCCACCUCUUUCCUUUGCAUCCGUUAGUAUUUUAAAUUUUAUUCUGGGCUUCUUGCCCUGCCAGACAAAUCUAGAAAUAUCUUUCUGCCACCUCUUGAAACAAUCCAUUUUGUCCACAAUUUGCAAAGUUUGGAACAAAAAAACAUUCUAGGCAAUACAUUCAUUUUUAUCGCAGCAAUACGGCCCAGCAGUGAAAGCUUCAAAUUUGACCAAAUUUCUAAAUCUUUUUUCACUUCAGCCCAACAUUUUUCAUAGUUAUCUUUAAAUAAAUUCCCAUUUUUUGCUGUCAUGUUGAUCCCCAGGUAUUUAACUUUCUUAACCACUGUUAAACCUGUCACAUUCUGAAACCUCUCUCUCUCCAUUGGUGAUAGAUUUUUCUCUAAAACCUUAGUUUUUGACUUGUUCAAUUUAAAUCCUGCAACUUGACCAAAUUCUUGAAUCAAUUCUCAAACCCUUUUAGUACUAGAUUCUGGCUCCUGUAACGUCAAUACUAAAUCAUUUGCAAAUGCUCUCAAUUUGUACUGUUUAGCUCCGACCGAACCGUGCCUAUUCCUUGUGCGCAUGCUCUGCCCCUGCGACAGAUAGGUGGGUUGGCAAGAGACGUGUGUCUUAGACUUGAACACUACCGUGGAUAAAAGAGUAAUCUGGGACGCAAGCAAAGCAGUUAUGAGGGGGUUCCUGAUUCAACAGAAUUCAUUAAAGAAGAGAGCUCAAAAUGAGAAAAAAGAAAAAAAAUGGAAAAAAUAAAAGAGGGCGAGAAGAAACUGAGAGUGAAACCAAAUUCACAAGAGAUUCUGAGAGAAAUAAAGUUAUAUCAAGUGCAAUAUAUGAAGAUGAUGAAUCAGGAAAUUGAAUGGAAAAUUAAACAAAUGAGACAAAGGACUUUUGAAUCGGCUAAUAAAUGUGGGAAACUGUUAGCUUGGCAGAUGAAAAAAAGACAAAAGCUAAACACUAUUGCUAAUUUGGAGGUGGAUGGAAAGAACAUCCAGAAUCCAGUGGAAAUUAGAAAAUGUUUCCAGAGGUACUUUAAACAGUUAUAUACACAAGGGCCUCAGAAAGAGUCUGAUAUAGACCAGUUUUUGAAAACAAAUGGAUUGCAAAAAUCUCUCAAGAAAAUAAGACAAUGUUGAAUUACAAAAUUACGGAACAGGAGGUAGAAGGUGCCAUUCAGAAUAUGCAGUUGGGAAAAUCUCCAGGGCCGGAUGGCUUAACCUCAAAAUACUAUAGAACUUUGAAGGACUGGAUAAUUCAACCACUAAAGGAGGUUUGCAAUGAAAUUUUGGAGGGGAAAAAAGCGCCAGAGUCGUGGAAAGAAGCAUAUAUUACACUUAUACCGAAAACUGAGUCUGAAAAGACACAACUUAAGAACUACCGACCCAUAUCCCUGUUAAAUGUGGAUUACAAAAUAUUUGCUGACAUUUUGGCUAAAAGGCUAAAAAAAGUAUUAGGGGAAGAGAUACACAAGGACCAAGCUGGCUUUCUCCCAGGCAGACACUUGUCUGACAACACGAGGAAUAUAAUUAAUAUUUUGGAGAAGUUGCAAGAGGACAUUAACACCAAAGCAGUUUUAAUCUUUGUGGAUGCCGAGAAAGCCUUUGAUAAUAUUUCUUGGAGCUUUAUGAAGAAAAAUCUUCAGGGGAUGGGGGUCGGUCAAGGGUUUGAAAAUGGUAUAAGUGCAAUUUAUUCAGAACAAAAGGCUAAACUAAUAGUUAACAAUGUGGUGACAGAGGAAUUCAAGAUAGAGAAAGGGACACGACAAGGCUGCCCAAUUUCCCCAUUACUCUUUAUUUCGGUCCUGGAGGUUCUGUUAAAUAUGAUUAGAAGGGACCAUCUGAUUAAGGGUAUAAAGGUCGGAGCUAAACAAUAUAAAUUGAAAGCCUUUGCAGAUGACUUAGUAUUGACUUUACAGGAGCCAGAAUCUAGUACUAAAAGAGUAUUAGAACUGAUCCAAGAAUUUGGUCAUGUGGCAGGAUUUAAGUUGAAUAAGUUAAAAACUAAAGUCCUUGAGAAAAACUUAACAAUGAUUGAGAAAGAGAGGUUUCAGAAUGAGACAGGUUUAACAGUGGUUAAGAAGGUGAAAUACUUGGGGAUUAAUAUGACAGCUAAAAAUGGGAACUUAUUCAAAGACAAUUAUGAAAAAUGUUGGUCGGAUGUGAAAAAGGAUUUAGAAAUAUGGUCAAAUCUGAAGCUUUCCUUGUUGGGUCGAAUUGCUGCUAUAAAGAUGAAUGUAUUGCCGAGAAUGCUGUUUUUGUUUCAAUCACUACAAAUUCUAGACAAAAUGGAUUGUUUCAAGAAGUGGCAGAGAGACAUUUCUAGAUUUGUCUGGCAGGGCAAGAAGCCCAGAAUAAAAUUUAAAAUAUUAACUGAUGCAAAAGAAAGAGGGGGAUUUGCCCUGCCAGAUUUCAAACUUUAUUAUGAAUCAGCAGCUUUCUGCUGGUUGAAAGAUUGGCUGCUUCUUGAGAACACAGACAUUUUGGAUUUAGAAGGAUUUAAUAAUGUUUUUGGAUGGCAUGCAUACUUGUGGUAUGACAAGGUCAAAGCACAUAAAGCAUUUAAAAACCAUAUUGUCAGGAAAGCAUUGUUUAAUGUCUGGACAAGAUAUAAAGACUUACUUGAAAACAAAACCCCAAGGUGGUUGUCACCGAUGGAGGCAAAGGCCCUGAAAAAGCUCAAUAUGGAGGCCAAGUGGCCGAAAUAUUGGGAAAUUUUGGAGCAGGAAGGAGACAAAUUGAAACUGCAGAGUUUUGAGAAACUAAAAGAUAAAGUGCGAGACUGGCUUCACUAUUAUCAAAUAAGAGAGGCUUAUAAUUUAGACAAAAAAUUGGCUUCCAGGUGGAAAAAUCAAAGUUGGAAACAGAACUGUUAGAUCCUAAAACAAAGAUACUUUCAAGAAUGUAUAACUUGCUGUUAAAAUGGAACACUCAGGACGAGACGGUUAAAUCUGCUAUGAUUAAAUGGGCACAGGACGUUGGACAUAACAUCAUGUUUGCUGACUGGGAACAGUUGUGGACCACAGGUAUAAAAUUUACGGCAUGUAAUGCCCUAAAAGAGAAUAUUAUGAAAAUGAUUUAUAGGUGGUACAUGACACCAGUCAAGCUUGCAAAAAUCUAUCAUUUGCCCGAUAAUAAAUGUUGGAAAUGUAAAGAAACUGAAGGUACAUUCUUUCACCUUUGGUGGACGUGCCCAAAGAUCAAGGCGUUCUGGGAGAUGAUCUAUAAUGAAAUGAAAAAGGUAUUUAAAUUUACCUUCCUGAAGAAACCAGAGGCCUUCCUCUUGGGUAUAGUCGGCCAAUUGGUGCCAAAGAAGGAUAGAACUUUUUUUUAUGUAUGCUACAACAGCAGCAAGAAUACUUAUUGCAAAGUAUUGGAAGACACAAGAUUUACCCACUCUGGAAGAAUGGCAGAUGAAGGUGAUGGACUAUAUGGAAUUGGCGGAAAUGACUGGCAGAAUCCGAGACCAGGGAGAAGAGUCGGUGGAAGAAGAUUGGAAGAAGUUUAAAGACUAUUUGCAGAAAUACUGUAAAAUUAAUGAAUGUUAAAAUGAUGUUGGACUGAAAAUAAGUGGUUUUGGUAAUAAGGUUAAUAAGAAUAUGUAAAUAUUGAUAGUUAUAUGGAUGAAAAUAUAUAGUUAUAAUAGGUUAAGAUACAGAGUAAAGAUAAAUGAAAGAGGGUAAGGAUUUGCUGAAAGGAUUUUGUAAACGGGAAUACAAAAAGGGGAGGUGUGAGGAGGUCAAGGAAAUAAGUAAAUGAGCCUAAAGACAUUGAAAAAUGGACUUUUUCUUAUUUAAAAUAUUUUUUCCCCUCUAUUUUUUUAGCUAUCUGUUUUUUGUAUUUUGUAUCAUCCUUUUUUUUCUUUUUAUUCUCCUUUUUAGGUCUCUUUUUUGGUAUUUUUCUUGUUAGCUUUUGUUUUUUUUCCUCUCUAUGUGUAAUUUCUGGUUUAAUUUUUUUUAAUUCUUUAAAUCUAUGUUUAUCGUAAAAUUUCAAUAAAUAUUUUAUAUAUAUAAGAAAAGAGACGUGUGUCUUAGGGUGCGACGCUGCUCCGCGCAGCACAGCACAGCACCAAGCCAGAUGGAAGGUUAGUUGCAAACCUGGCUACCAAACUUCUCCACGUCCUUGCAAAAUGCCGGUUUCCAGUCACAAAAUGCACCUAACGCUGGCUCGUUUUGAAUGCUGUUUGUUAAGAAAAGUCCAGAGUGGAGAGAGACUAAUGUUAAGGAUGGUCCCAACAGUCCCGAAGAGGGCCUACGUGUCAGAGAAAUGUCAAAACAUUAGAAAUCCCUUCAGACAGCCCUGCUUCAAUUUGUUGUUCAAGUAAUAAUAAUAAUAGUAAUAGUAAUAGUAAUAAUAAUUUAUUAUUUAUACCCCGCCCAUCUGGCUAGGCUUCCCCAGCCACUCUGGGCGGCUUCCAACAAAAUAUAAAAAUACAGUAAGGCAUCAAACAUUAAAAGCUUUCCUAAGCAGGGCUGCCUUCAGAUGUCUUCUAAAAGUCUGGUAGUUGUUGUUCUCUUUGACAUCUGGUGGGAGGACGUUCCUCCUCUUCCCUGACAGGUAGAGAUGCCGCAGGAGGCAUUUUGCAUUUCUAUGCCACUUUUCGCUCACUUAAGUGGCUUGCAUACAAUAAACAGUGGAAGGAAGAAAGGAGGCUGUGGUGUUUGCCCUCCUAGGUGUGUGACAUCAUACUGGGUUCACAAGGAAAGGGUUAACCACUGUAUUUUUCGCUCUAUAAGACGCACCAGACCAUAAGACACACCCAGUUUUUGGAGGAGGAAAACAAGAAAAAAAAUAUUCUGAAUCCCAAAAGCCAGAACAGCAAGAGGGAUCGCUACGCAGUGAAAGCAGCGAUCCCUCUUGCUGUUCUGGCUUCUGGGAUAGCUGUGCAGCUUGCAUUCGCUCCAUAAGACGCACACACAUUUCCCCUUACUUUUUAGGAGGGAAAAAGUGAGCCUUAUAGAGCAAAAAAUACAGUAAUUGUAAAAUGACUAACCAAUGGGAACCCAAGGGGAGGAGUUAAGAGUUAGGGUGGUUGAGAAGUCAGUCUGGAGUUAGAAAGACAGAGAAGAGAAGUCUGUGGGUUGGGCUAGUCUGAUGUGAGAGAGUGAGAGAAUCUGUUAAGAGGAGUCAGUCAAACCGUUGAUAUAAUCAGUCAGAAGGUAUUAGGAAGGUAUAGGCCGGUAAAGAAACUAAAGUUAAGAAACUGACAGGAAUAUUAUCUGAAAAACCAUAAGCUUGUUAAUGCUUAUAAAAUAAACUUGUUUAUUUGGUUCAAUUUUAACAACUGUCUUGACUCAGUGUUUUACCCGAGAGUAAUGGGUUGGUAGCAGCGGGGAAGCGGGCACAGGAAUCAAUAGACCGUUAAAUAUCCGGGGACCCUAUGUGAUCACCACAGAGGCUUUCUGUGCUUUCUCUGUACUAUCAUAUCAAUACCUGGAGAAAGUGGCCAAGUAUGUCUUCCACAUACCUGGAACAAGAUGUCAGGGAACAGUUAGAGUUAGAAGUUUCCAGUUUUCCAGAGGGAGAAAGCUUUCCGCAUGGCGAGGGGAGAGGAAAGCAGUGAAUCUAACAGAAGAGAGCAACAGGAACAACAGGGAGGGACAGGAUGUUCACAGGAAAGACAAGGGUUAAAUUAUAGCUCAGAUUCGGAGGAGGGGAGAUACAAGCCAGCUCUAGCGAGGUUAGAAAAAAGAGCGGGAAAGCGUUCGCCAUUUUGAGAUUUGCUGGUCACGGAGAAGCAGAGCUAAGAAGGUACCUGAAAUGAGGGACUCUGAGGAAUAAUAGUUGAGGAACCGUUUCUAAGAUUGUUUGUUAAUACGCAAUAAAAAGUGAUAAAAGAACAAGAAGCGUUUGUGUGGUGAUCUGAAGAGGACAACGAUCAGUCCUGACACAAGUGGUCCGACAGAUAAGUUUCCCUUCAUGUAUGGGGCUCUUGAGCUUCUAUUGCCAUAAGAGAUAUGUUGGGAAUCUGUAGGACUCACUCAGAAAGUAUCUUUCUCUCUCUGAGGACAGGCAGCAAAAAAAAAAGCCUUCUCCACCCCACCCUCAGUGUCAGGAGUCUCCAAGCCUCUUCCUCCUGGAUCUCCAACUGAUUCUUGCCUCAUGGCAGGAGGCAGAGUCAUUUUGCACAACAGAAACUAUUAGGUUCUUUAAAAAUAAGAGCAACAGAGCAUAAGUCAAGAAGGCCGAGACAGCCAUUUCUCCUCUCCGCAAGGCAGCAAGGGGUGGAACUGGUGCUUUCCCCCACUCUUUCCUACGACAGCAAAUAGGCAGUGACUACACAAAGUGCCUGUUCUAGAUCACACAGGGAUCAUUCUGGAGCGCAGGAGACCAGGGCAGGGCCAAGAGUAUUCACCUGCCACUUUUAUCAUCACUUUGUGUUACAAUUUCAGAUGAAGAUGAAAUUUGUUUCCGAAACGUGCAUCAGUGAUGGGCAUUUGGUUAACAGGACGACUCUUCCCAAGGCAUCUGUUUGAACAACCAGCUUUCUAGCAAAACUAGUCCCCUUGGCUGGUGGAUUCUGUCAGAAAUGGGAGUGGAAAAUUCCAGUGGGUCUACUCUGAAGAUGACUAACACUGGAGACAACCCUUAGAAUAAAAGUAGCCAUGACACCAGAAGGUGCAAAGUCCACAUUCAGAUUGGGACCUGGUGAUGAAAGGCUUUAACCCUUUGCUCCCAUGGGGGCUACAAUCUAUACUGGGAUGGGUGCCUGUUAUCUGCAUCAGGAGAAUGGAGAACCCCUGGGAACGGUAAAUCAUCCAGAAAACAAUGUUAUUGGAUGGCUUUUAUAUUCUCAAUACCUCCAUCAAACUACAAUUCCCGAGGUUCCUUGGAAGAAACCGUGGCAGUUUGAUGGAUUUCUAAAGGCCAGCCCUCAUGCAAUGGGAGCCCUUCCUGUUCAUUCUGCUGAGUGGGGCCAUCGGUUUUCUUCCACAAAGUGUGGCUGUCAUGGCAUCCCUGAGCCUCAUCUAUUCUUUCAGGUCUUUGGUGCCUACCUGCCUCCAGAGCAGCUCCUGCAGGCAGUGUGUUACCUGGCCAAGGACCUUGCGGUCGAGGUCAUAUUCCUACCACUGAUCAUCUACGAUCUGCUCCAGGAAUUUUUGGAGGAAAUAAAAAUAAGUGGCAGAGCCACCGAGGGUCCCAUUCAGCAGAAGGAACAGGAAGGGCUCCCAAUGCAGCAGAACUUCAUUUUACUUUGA